AUGUCCAAAAAAGGGGUGAGUGCUGAAGAAAAGAGAACUAGAAUGCUUCAACUAUUUUACGAAAAGGGAGAAUGUUUUCAAUUGAAAGAAUUGGAAAAGAUAGCUCCAAAGGAAAAAGGCAUUGUUGCAAAUUCAGUAAAAGAAGUAAUACAAAAAUUAGUAGAAGAUGGCUUGGUAGAUACUGACAAAAUUGGAACUUCUGUGUAUUUUUGGGCGUUUCCCAGUAAGGCUGUCAAUUCAAGAAAGCAUCAACUUGAGGAUCUUCAAAAUAAAUAUGCAGAAUCUAUGAAGAAGCUGAGGAUGAUAGAAAAAACAGUAGAGGAGUCUAAGGAAAAUGAUGAUGUUGAAGAAAAAAGAAAUAGUAUUUUGGAAGAAAUAAAUGAUAAGGAGUUGGAAUUGAAUGUUUUGAAACAGGAACUCAGGCAGUACCAAGAGAAUGAUCCACAGAAAUUUGAGGCACUUAUACAGAAAUCAGAGGAACUGAAAGAAGCUGCAAAUAGAUGGACCGAUAAUGUAUUUGCAGUAAAAUCAUGGUGUAAAAAGAAAUUCAAUAUUGAAGACAAUGUUCUGAACAAACAGUUUGGUAUACCUGAGGAGUUUGAUUAUAUUGAAUAA